ACUUGGGCCUCCACAGCACCGAGAAGUAAAACCACCUGCUGGGGCCGCCCGGGUCACGGCCAUGCAGCAGCCUUUCAAUUACCCGUAUCCCCAGAUCUACUGGGUGGACAGCAGUGCCAGUUCUCCCUGGGACCCUCCAGGCUCAGCCCUCCCCUGUCCGACCUCUGUGCCCGCAAGGCCUGGUCAAAGGAGACCACCGCCACCGCCUCCACCGCUGCCACCACCGCUGCCCCCACUGCCCCUGCCACCCCGGAAGAAGAGGAGGGACCAGAGCACAGGCCGGUGUCUCCUCGUGGUGUUUUUCAUGGUUCUGGUGGCCCUGGUUGGAUUGGGGAUGGGGAUGUUUCAGCUCUACCACCUGCAGAAGGAGCUGGCCCAACUCCGAGAGUCCACUGGACAAAGUCAUACAGCAUCAUCUCUGGAGAAGCAAAUAGGCAACCCCAGUCCACCUUCUGAUAAAAAGGAGCUGAAGAAAGUGGCCCAUUUAACAGGCAAGCCGAACUCAAAGUCCCUGCCUCUGGAAUGGGAAGACACCUAUGGAAUUGCCCUGAUCUCUGGAGUGAAGUAUAAAAAGGGUGCCCUUGUGAUCAAUGACACCGGGCUGUACUUUGUAUACUCCAAAGUGUACUUCCGGGGUCCAUCUUGCAACAACCAGCCCCUGAGCCACAAAGUCUACGUGAGGAACACUAAGUAUCCCCAGGACCUGGUGAUAAUGGAUGGGAAGGUCAUGGACUACUGUACUGCAGGGCAGAUGUGGGCCCGCAGCAGCUACCUGGGGGCUGUGUUCAAUCUCACCAGUGCCGAUCAUGUGUAUGUCAAUGUGUCUGAGAUCUCCCUGGUCAAUUUUGAGGAAUCUAGGACAUUUUUUGGCCUAUAUAAACUCUAAGAAGAGCAUUUAGGGAUUUUUUUUCCUAUUAUGAUUCCUUACUACAGGUGCUGAGAAUGUUGUCUUGAAUAAGGGUCUUUUUAAGCCCUCUUGAGAUCAAGUAAGAAGAUAUGCCUCGGGACCACAGGGUUCAGCAGGUCUGCAGCCCCUCAUGUAAGCUAAGGGCCAUGAGCCAGGCAGGAGGAGCAAGAUGACUGAUGAACAGAAAACUCUGGGCUGCUAUGACAAGAUGCAGAGGCGUGGAAAAGCAGCCACCAGGUGUCCACACUCAAGUGGCCAAGAGCAUUUUGGCACAUCAUAAAGAACACGUUUUAACUCACCUCUCAGGUGGGUCUACCUGCUACCUCAGGGGAGGCUGUCUUUUGGAUCCACCACUGUGACAUGAGUGUAUAAGGGAUGGAAAGGAGGUAGAGGCUCGCACAAUAAGCUAAUGAGACUGAAGGAGGCCAGCGCCUCACGGGCACUGUCUUCACUUCCAAAUAGAUAUGUAACCUGAGCCAUCACGAGAUGCUAGCAGAGAAGAAAAGGGAUCUUUCGGGGACUCAGUCCAUUUCCUACACAGCACAUGUAUUUCCAGUGCCAUUGUAGGAGAGAGAGAGUGUGUGUGUGUGUGUGUGUGUGCGUGUGCACGUGACUAAAGAAUCACAUAAGUAGAGAGAAUGUGGGUAUUGUGAAGUUCAUGUUUGGAAAGUAUGGAUUGCAUUUGGGGGUAGAUAUUGAAUGCUUCUUGGCAACCAACUCUAAUAGUCUUCAAACAUCUUUGUCAGCUACUGAUGCUGUUUUCAUAUAAU